GACUUUUUUUUUCUUAAGGUUGCUUUAGCCAGUAACCUCUCACGUUCACAUAUCGGCAAAAGCAUGAGCGGACCUACUGUCAAAAAGGGUUCGUCUGGGCCUUCUGGAGUGAUUCAGUGGGUCACCUCCGCGUGUCGGUUUGCUACGGACAGAAACGACUUUAGAAGGAAUCUCUUGGUGAAUCUCGGGUUGUUUGCUGCUGGUGUUUGGGUGGCUAGAAAUCUCUCAGAUUUUGAUUUAAUGUCUCCUCAGCCUGUGACAUAACCUUCACAACAACACAUAGAGUUCAAGAGUGACAAGAGGGGGUGCACAUACCUCUGGUUGGCAAACAGCAAAAACCUGCAGACAGCAAAAACUUUUCUUCUUAGUUAAAGAUCUUGGCAUUUGUAUGCUCUAGGUUUGUGUUGUUUUUGUUGUCUUUGUUUUUUUUUACUUUGAGAAGCGUUAUGGCAAACUAAGUGAAUCUUUUUAUGU